AUGAGCUACCAGGUCUCGUCCGUGUUCCUGCAGAAGUUCUCGCCCAAGGAGAUCCACGAGCUCAAGCGCGUCUUCAAGGAGCACGACCGCGACUACGCGGCGGCCGUGCCCGUGGCCGAGCUGCACACGGUGCUGCUCAAGCUCGGCGAGAACGUGACGCCCAACCAGACGACGGUCAUGCUGCAGCAGACCAAGCUGGCGCGGCCCGAGCAGAUCACGUUCCAGGAGUUCCUCGAGCUGCUGCACGACUUCCGCAACGGCGCCAUCGCGCUGGACCCGGCGCUGCUCAUGGGCCACGCGUCGGUGGCGCCCGUGCCCGUGGAGAUCCCCGCUCCGGCGCCUGUGGAGGCCCCCGCGCCGCCUCCCGCUGCCGAGACGCAGCCCACGCCCACGCCCUUGUUCCCCGGCCAGAAGACGGCGACUUGGCAGACGCAGACGCCGGAGCCCACGCAGCAGCAGGCCCCAGCGUUCGCGCAGAAGGCCCAGUGGCCGCCUGCAGGCACCCCCACGACGCCCACAGCGGCCCCAGCUCCUGUAGCGAGCAAGCCGCAAUGGCCGCCCGCUGCCAACCAGGCCGCAUCGUGGGGACACACCCCGUCGUCGGCGCCGCAAGCUCCAGCUCCGGUUCCGGCCGCUACGCACGCGAAGCCACAAUGGUCGCCUGCCGGAUCGAGCGACUCCGCGCCGGCAAAGCCGCAGUGGCCUCCGGCAGCGUCGUCUACCCCGGCUGCACCUGUUGCCGCGCCGGCACCGCCUGCGGUAACUGCGAAGUGGCCUCCUGCCGGCGGAGCUGCCGACAAGAGCCCUACAAAAGCGCAGUGGCCGCCUGCAGUGGCGUCACCGAGUGCCCCGAAGUCCCAAUGGCCUCGGGCAUCACCCCCGACUGCGCCUGCACCGAAAAGCCCGGUAUCUACUAAGCCUCCGCAAUGGCCGCCUGCAGGCAACGGGGCUGCGAAGCCGCAGUGGCCUCCUGCUGCAACUACCACGCCCGCUUCGCCCGCCGCAGAAGCACCGAUGCGCGCACAGUGGCCGCCUGCCACGCCGCCUCCAGCUCCAGUGGUGCGCACGCCCCCGCGUUCUCCUGUGAAGACGGCCGGACCUCCAUCGCCAGCGCCUGCUAAUGUGGACGCGCACACGCUGAGUGUUUUGCAGCGACGCGCAAGUGCAGCGGCCCAGUACAACUCAACAAUCCACGAGGUGAAGGGCACUGCUGGCGGCCUGCACUCGUACUCGGAGGAAGAAACUGUCGCCUUCACGGAGCACAUCAACAACACGCUACACGCGGACAAGGACGUCGCGUCAUUGAUGCCGAUUGGUAUGGAUGCUGGUUUGUUCCGGGCGGUGUGCGAUGGUGUGCUGCUGUGUAAGCUGAUCAACGCUGCUGUGCCCGAGACGAUUGAUGAGCGCGCUCUUAACUUCGUCAAGCGAGCCAAGGAGCUGAAUGUGUACCAGAAAACGGAGAACCAGAACUUGUGUAUCAACGCCGCCAAGAGUAUCGGCUGCAGUGUGGUCAACAUUGGCCCCGACGACUUGAUCGAGGGUAAGCCGAUCCUCGUGCUGGGUCUGGUCUGGCAAAUUAUCAAGAUCCAGCUGACGUCGACGAUUAACUUGAAGAACCACCCCGAGCUUAUGCGACUGCUGCUGGAUGGCGAGACGCUGGAACAGUUCAUGAAGCUCCCGCCUGACCAGAUUCUGCUGCGAUGGAUGAACUACCACUUGAAGGCAGCGGGCCACCCGAAGAAGGUCACGAACUUCAGCACCGACGUGCAGGAUGCGACCGCAUACAGCGUGCUGUUGCACCACAUCGCUCCCCAGCACUGCGACUUGUGUAACGAGGCUAUCCCCGAGGAGCGCGCAGCUCACGUCAUCCAGAAUGCUCGUCGUUUGGAAGUGGAAACCUUCAUCAAGCCCCGCGAUAUCACCAGCGGCAACCCGAAGCUCAACAUGUCAUUUGUGGCCCAGCUUUUCAACACGUGCCCGGCAUUGGAUGUCGUUGAAGAGGAGAUCAAGCAGCUGGAGGAGAUCCUGUACGACGACGUUGGGGACACGCGUGAAGAGCGCGUCUUCCGCAUGUGGAUCAACUCACUGGCCAUCGACGACGUGUACAUCAACCACUUGUACUCGGAUCUGAGCGACGGUAUGAAGCUGCUCAAGGUGCUGGACAAGAUCCAGAAGGGCAUUGUGGCCUGGAACAAGGUCAACAUGGUGGCGCCCAACAAGUUCAAGCAAGUCGAGAACUGCAACUACUGCGUCGUGUUGGGCAAGCAGCUCAAGUUCUCGCUGGUUAAUGUCGGUGGCGCUGACAUCUUCGAGGGAGCGAAGAAGAUGAUCCUCUCGAUCGUCUGGCAGAGUAUGCGCUACCAGCAGCUCAGGAUCUUGAGCGAGCUGGCCGCGGGCCGUGGCGAAAUCACCGACAAGGACAUCAUCGGCUGGGCCAACGAGAAGGUCCGCCAGUCAGGACAGGUGAAGGGCAACAUUGUGUCGUUCCGUGACCCGAGUCUGUCCGACGGCCUCUACCUGCUCGACUUGGUGCACGCUGUUGAGCCGCGCGCCGUUAACUGGGACAUGGUGUUGCAGGACAAGACGGACGACGCCAAGGCCAGCAACGCCAAGUACGCGAUCAGUUGUGCGCAGAAGAUCGGCGCGACGGUGUUCCUGACGUACGAGGAUAUCGUGGAAGUGAAGCCCAAGAUGAUGAUGACUUUUGUGGCCAGCCUCAUGCUGGUGGACCACCAGCGCGCCUAA